UAAAACGUCAACUCGAUUCCCUCCAUUUUCAUCUCUCUUCUCCCGUCCCCCUUUCUCUCUCUCACACACACAAAUUCGCCAACUAGACGGAAUUGUAGACUAGAGUAGAGUAGAGCUCAUAAUCAUUAACUUCAACCCGCAGAUUGGCAGGGAAUGUGAUUAUUUUGCUCUUCUUCUGCCUUCAAAUUGCAGAGGAGUUGCCAGCUAGCUAUCCUGGAAUCCCGUCAUGUAUAUAAAGCAGGUUGUUAUAGAAGGGUUUAAGAGUUACCGUGAGCAAGUUGCAACUGAAACAUUCAGUCCAAAAGUUAACUGUGUUGUUGGUGCUAAUGGAUCUGGCAAAUCGAACUUUUUCCAUGCAAUACGCUUCGUUAUAAGUGAUCUAUUCCAUAAUUUGCGCAAUGAAGAAAGGCAGGCGUUGCUUCACGAAGGUGCUGGCCACCAAGUGUUAUCUGCUUUUGUGGAGAUUGUAUUUGACAACUCCGACAACCGUAUUCCUGUUGAUAAGGAGGAAGUGCGGCUUAGGAGAACAAUCGGUGUUAAGAAAGAUGAAUAUUUCUUGGAUGGAAAACAUAUAACGAAGACAGAAGUCAUGAAUCUGCUGGAAAGUGCAGGAUUUUCUCGUUCUAAUCCUUAUUAUGUUGUGCAGCAGGGCAAAAUAGCCUCGUUGACGUUGAUGAAGGAUUCAGAACGAUUGGAUCUGCUGAAGGAAAUUGGUGGGACUCGAGUUUAUGAGGAGAGACGGCGUGAAAGUUUGAAAAUAAUGCAGGAUACUGGUAAUAAGAGAAAGCAAAUUAUUCAAGUUGUCCAAUACUUGGAUGACAAACUUCGGGAGCUUGAUGAAGAGAAAGAGGAGUUGAAAAAAUAUCAGCAGCUUGACAGGCAGCGAAAGGCUCUAGAAUACACUAUUUAUGAUAAAGAACUUCAUCAUGCCAAGCAGAUGCUGAUGGAUAUAGAGGAGAAUCGGAACAAGGCUUCUGAAACAUCUGCCACAAUGUAUAACAAAGUUUUGGAUGCUCAUGAAAAGUGCAAGGAGCUCGACAAGUUACUUAAAGAUCUGACUAAAGAAGCGCAAAUUUUAAGUAGAGAGAAAGAGGCGAUAGAGAAACAAAGGACAGAAGCCAUCAAGAAGCGUGCAAAACUUGAACUGGAUGACAAAGACUUCCAUGAUAAAAUUAAGGCAAACAUCAAAGCAAAGGAGGAUGCUGUUGCACAACUAGAGCUUUUGGAACAAGAAAUUGAGGGGUCUUAUGCUGAGCUCACUAGGAUCAAGCAAUUGUAUGAUAAUCAAGUCAGGGAGGAGGAGAAUUUGACGCGAGGGAUUAUGGAGCGUGAAAAGCAGCUUAGCAUUUUGUAUCAGAAACAGGGUCGUGCAACCCAGUUUGCCAGUAAAGCAGCUCGUGACCAGUGGCUUAAGAAAGAAAUUAGGGACUAUGAGCAAGUUUUAUCUUCAAAUUUAGUGCAGGAGAAAAAACUUAGGGAUGAAAUUGAGCAGCUCAAGAAAGAUAUCAGAGAGCAGGAUGCCUACAUAAAGAACAGAAAAGAUGAAGCAGCAGAAUUAGAAUCGCUAAUUUCUGGAUACAGACAAGGUUACAGCCAGUAUAAAGCAGAGAGAGACAAGCUGCAUGAUGAGCGGAAGGUCUUGUGGGCAAGAGAAAAUGAGCUCUCUGCUGAAAUUGAAAGGCUGAAAUCGGAGGUGGUUAAAGCAGAGAAAAGUCUUGAUCAUGCAACUCCCGGUGACAUAAGAAGAGGACUAAAUUCUGUGAAGAGGAUAUGUAGAGAGAUUAACCUUCAUGAAGGAGUAUUUGGUCCCAUUUUUGAGUUGCUAGAUUGUGAUGAAAAGUUUUUCACAGCUGUUGAAGUUACUGCUGGAAAUAGCUUAUUUCAUGUGGUAGUUGAAACAGAUGAGAUAUCAACAAAAAUCAUUAGACAUCUCAAUGCGCAGAAAGGCGGCCGAGUGACAUUCAUACCAUUGAACAGGGUGAAAGCUCCACGAGUUACAUAUCCACAGAGCUCUGAUGUAAUACCUCUUUUAAAGAAAUUACAAUUCUCUGAAAAAUAUGCUUCAGCAUUUGCGCAGGUGUUUGCAAAAACAGUAAUCUGCCGAGAUUUAGAUGUUGCUACAAGAGUUGCUCGUACUGAUGGUCUGGACUGCAUCACUUUGGAAGGUGAUCAAGUCAACAAAAAAGGUGGCAUGACUGGGGGAUUUUAUGACUAUAGGCGCUCAAAACUGAAGUUCAUGAGCACUAUUAAACAGAACAUGAAGUCUAUUAAAAUAAAGGAAGAGGAACUGGAGGAAGUUAGAAAGAAACUUCAAGAGAUCGAUCAGAAAAUCAAUGAACUAGUGGCAGAGCAGCAGAAAAAUGAUGCCAAGUUGGCUCAUGAAAAAUCUUUACUUGAACAACUGAGGCAGGACACCAUGAACUCAGAGAAGCAAAAACAAUCCAUCUCAAAGUCACUUGAGAAGAAAGAGAAGUUGCUCUCCAGCGUAUUGACUCAAAUAGAUCAGAACAGAGCUAAUAUAGCUAUGAAACAGGAUGAAAUGGGAACAGAACUUGUUGAUCACUUGACACCGGAAGAGAAAGAAUCGCUUUCUCGGCUGAAUCCAGAAAUAACUAAUCUGAAAGAGCAGCUAAUUAACUGCAGGAGUAACCGCAUGGAGACUGAAACAAGAAAAGCGGAGCUUGAGAUGAACCUAUCUACAAAUCUUGUUAGGCGGAAAGAAGAGCUGGAGGCGGUGAAGCUAUCUGCAGAAACUGAAAUGUUACAAGCAGAAGCUGAGUUGAAAAGGCAGGAAUUAAUGGAUGCAAAUUUGUUAGUUGAUCAGUUGACUGAACAACUCAAGAAUGUGACUGAAAACAUCAAUCAGAGGAAUAAGGAACUGGAAGAUAUUAAAGUUGAAAAGGAUAACCUAAAGGGCGUCGAAGACAAGUACCAAUCUACACUGCAAGAUGAAGCAAAAGAACUAGAGCAGUUACUGGCUAAAAAGAAUAUGUAUAUGGCCAAGCAAGAAGAGUACUCAAAGAAAAUUCGGGAAUUGGGUCCCCUAUCUUCUGAUGCUUUUGAAACGUACAAAAGGAAAAGCAUAAAAGAACUGCACAAACUGCUUCACAAGUGUAAUGAGCAACUGCAACAGUUCAGCCAUGUGAACAAAAAAGCCCUUGAUCAAUAUGUUAAUUUCACAGAGCAACGAGAAGACCUCCAGAGAAGACAAGCUGAGCUGGAUGCAGCUGAUGAGAAAAUCAAAGAACUUAUAUCAGUUUUGGAUAUGAGGAAGGAUGAAUCAAUUGAGCGUACGUUUAAAGGCGUGGCUAAGCAUUUCCGAGAAGUAUUCUCCGAACUUGUGCAAGGAGGUCAUGGGUUUUUAGUUAUGAUGAAGAAAAAGGACAACAAUGAUGUUGAUAAUGAUCAAGAUGAUGAUGAGCCUGGCCCAGCCGAAGUAGAGGGAAGGGUUGAGAAAUACAUUGGUGUCAAAGUGAAGGUUUCUUUCACUGGACAAGGGGAGACACAGUCGAUGAAACAAUUGUCUGGGGGUCAGAAAACAGUGGUGGCUUUGGCAUUAAUCUUUGCCAUACAGCGAUGUGAUCCUGCCCCAUUUUAUCUUUUCGAUGAGAUAGAUGCAGCUCUUGAUCCUCAGUAUAGAACAGCCGUCGGGAAUAUGGUUCGUCGUCUGGCAGAUAUGGCGAACACGCAAUUCAUUACCACAACGUUCCGGCCAGAGCUCGUCAAAGUUGCUGACAAAAUAUAUGGCGUGACGCACAAAAACAGAGUCAGUCGUGUUAAUGUUGUCUCCAAGGAAGAUGCUCUAGAUUUUAUCGAGCAUGAUCAGUCCCACAAUGAGUGACAUUCAAGCAACGUGCCAUGGCCAGUAUCAAGCUUUGUAAAUUAACAAGAUCACAGGCAGAUAUGUAAACUGAUAGGUAGUCCAAACUGUGGAGGAUCUGUAGUUUUCUAUAAAUAUAAAUAUUAAUGUAUGGUGUUUUAUGAUCAUCAACUGGAUAGUGAUGGUAGCUAUGUUCUUCUACAAUAUUAUCUGGUUUUAAUGUGAAAAAUACCAGUUGCAACGGC